UUCGGAUCUUCAUGAACCAGUGUUUUGAAAGCGCCCAUCGCUGCAUUAAUACUGCUUAUAUUUUAAACCAAAUCAGUUUCGAUUGUAGAAUGUCUUUUAGAGAAUAGAACGAAUUAAAACCGACUAACGGGUAGCCUAUUCUGCGAAAUAAACUUGAUCGAUAAGAUGGAGCAGCAUGAAAGCAACCGGACCACAAAAGCACCAGAUGUGAAGACAAAAACCUGCCAGUCGUCACCUAGACAAGAGCAGAAGAAUGAAAGACAGUAUCAGAAUGAACAGAAAGAAGAUUCUGUCACUUGGCAUGAAUGUGGGAUGCAUUUCUUUGAGCAAGAAAGUCUUGAGGAGCACAUGAGAAUUGACACUGAAGAGAAACCAUUCAUCUGCCCUCAAUGUGGAAAAAGUUUCACAGUGAAACAAAAGCUCGAGGCUCAUUUAAGGAUUCACACUGGAGAGAAACCAUUCACUUGCCCUCAGUGUGGAAAAAGUUUCACACAACAAGGUCAGCUUAAUAUUCACAUGAGAAGUCACAGUGGAGAGAAACCUUUCAUCUGUCCUCAGUGUGAUAAGAGUUUCACAUCGAAACAAAGCCUUAAAAUUCACAUGAGAAUUCACACUGGAGAAAAACCUUUUACCUGCCCUCAGUGUGAAAUGAGCUUCACACAGCAAGGAUACCUUAUACGUCACAUAAGAACUCAUACUGGUGAGAAACCUUUCACCUGCCCUCAAUGUGGAAAGAGUUACAAAGUCAAACAAAGCCUCGAGAGUCACUUGAGAGUUCACACUGGAGAAAAGCCGUUCGUCUGCCCUCAGUGUGGAAAAGGUUUCACAGCAAAACAGUGUCUUAAAAGUCACAUGAGCAUUCACAUUGGAGAGAAACCUUUCACCUGCUCCAUCUGUGGGAUGAGCUUCACACAACAUCAAAGUCUUAAACGUCACAUGUGCACUCACACUGGAGAGAAGCCUUUCAUUUGCCCUGAAUGUGGAAAGAGUUUUGCUGUGAAACAAAGCCUUGAGAGUCACAUGAGAAUUCACACCGGAGAGAGACCUUUCAUCUGCUCUGAAUGUGGAAAGAGUUGCACAGUAAAACAAAACCUGGAGAGUCACAUGAGAAUUCACACUGGAGUGAAGCCUUUCUCCUGCCCUCAGUGUGGAAAGAGAUUCACAGUGAAACAAAGCCUCGAGAGCCACAUGACCAUUCACACUGGAGAGAAGCCUUUCACCUGCUCCGAGUGUGGAAAGAGUUUCACAAUGAAGCAAAAGCUUGAGAGACACAUGAAAAUUCACACUGAAGAGAAGCUUUACAUCUGCCCUUUAUGUGGGAACAGUUUCACAAUGAAAACCAACCUUGAGAGACACAUGAAAAUUCACACUGAAGAGAAGCCUUUCACCUGCUUUGUGUGUGGAAAGAGUUUUAGAAUAAAACAAAACCUUGAUAGUCACAUGAGAGUUCACACUGGGCUGAAGCCCUUCAUCUGCUGUGAAUGUGGGAAAAGUUUCACUGUGAAACAAAGCCUUGAGAGUCACAUGAAACUUCACAAUGAAGCAACGGCGUUCACCUGCUCCGAGUGUGGAAAGAGUUUCACAGUGAAACAAAACCUUGAGAAUCACAUGAGAAUUCACACUGGAGAAAAGCCUUUCGCCUGCCCUCAGUGUGGAAAGAGUUUCACACAACACGUACACCUUAAACGCCACAUGAGAAUUCAUUUUGACAGAGUCGGGGAAUCUUCUCUGCUGUCUCCUGUGUACACCAUCCAUCCAGAUGAAGUGAUAGCAGUCAUAGCGUACCAGGACGCACACCAGCUGUCGGAGGAGAGUGAUCAGGCAAUCUAUGGAAUAAACGGGAUCGAACAUUUCCUGGUGAUAAAGAUGGAGAGUCGUGAAAACAAUCAGACCGCAGAAACACCAGAUGUGCAGACGAAAACCUGCCAGUCCUCACCUAUGCAAGAGCAGAAGAAUAAAACCGAUGAUCAGAUUGAACUGAAAGAAGAUUUUUUCACUUGCCAUGAAUGUGGGAUGGAUUUCUUUGAGCAAGCAAGUCUUGAGCAGCACAUGAGAAUUCACACAGAAGAGAAACCGUUCAUCUGCCCUCAGUGUGGAAAGAGUUUCACAGUGCAACACAGGCUUGAGGCUCAUUUAAGAAUUCACACUGGAGAGAAACCAUUCAGUUGCUCAGAGUGUGGAAAGUGUUUCACACAACAAGGUCAGAUUAAAAGUCACAUGAGAAGUCACACUGGAGAGAAACCUUUCACUUGCCCUCAAUGUCAAACUAGUUUCACAUCGAAACAAAGCCUUAAAAGUCACAUUAGAAUUCACACUGGAGAGAAACCUUUCACCUGCUCUGAGUGUGGAAAGAGCUUCAUAACACAAGGAUACCUUAAACGUCACAUAAGAACUCAUACUGGUGAGAAGCCUUUCACUUGUCGUCAAUGUGGAAAGAGUUACAAAGUGCAAGAAAGCCUUGAGAGUCACGUAAGAGUUCACACCGGAGAGAGGCCAUUCGUCUGCCCUCAGUGUGGAAAGGGUUUCACAGCAAAACAGUGUCUUAAAAGUCACAUGAGCAUUCACAUUGGAGAGAAACCUUUCACCUGCUCCAUCUGUGGGAUGAGCUUCACACAACAUCAAAGUCUUAAACGUCACAUGUGCACUCACACUGGAGAGAAGCCUUUCAUUUGCCCUGAAUGUGGAAAGAGUUACACAAUAAAACAACGCCUUGACAUUCACAUGAGAAUUCACUCGGGAGAGAGACCCUUUUCCUGCUCUCAGUGUAGAAAGAAUUUCACAGUAAAACUUAACCUUGAUAGACAUAUGAGAAUUCACACUGGAGUGAAGCCUUUCUCCUGCUCUCAGUGUGGAAAGAGAUUCACAGUGAAACAAAGCCUCGAGAGUCACAUGACCAUUCACACUGGAAAGAAGCCUUUCACCUGCUCCGAGUGUGGAAAGGGUUUCACGAGUAAACCUAAGCUUAGUUAUCACAUGAGAAAUCACUCAGGAGAGAGGCCUUUUAUAUGUUCUAAGUGUGCAAAAAGUUUCACAGUGAAACAAAACCUUGAUAUUCACAUGAGAAUUCACUCUGGAGAGAAACCCUUUUCCUGCUCUCAGUGUGGAAAAAGUUUCACAAUGAAACAAAACCUUGACAUUCACAUGAGAAGUCACACUGAUGAGAAGCCUUUCACCUGCUCUCAAUGUGGAAAGAGUUACAAAGUGCAGCAAAGCCUUGAGAGUCACUUGAGAGUUCACACUGGAGAGAACCCUUUCACUUGCUCCGAGUGUGGAAAGAGUUUCACAGUGAAACAAAGCCUUAUGAAUCACAUGAGAGUUCACACUGGAGAGAAACCUUUCACUUGCUCCGAGUGUGGAAAGAGUUUCACAGUGAAACAAAGCCUUAUGAAUCACAUGAGAGUUCACACUGGAGAGAAACCUUUCACUUGCUCCGAGUGUGGAAAGAGUUUCACAGUGAAACAAAGCCUUAUGAAUCACAUGAGAGUUCACACUGGAGAGAAACCUUUCACUUGCUCCGAGUGUGGAAAGAGUUUCACAGUGAAACAAAGCCUUAUGAAUCACAUGAGAAUUCACACUGGAGAGAGGCCUUUCACCUGCCCUCAGUGUCCGAAGAGCUUCAUACAACAUAAACAUCUUAAACGUCACAUAAAAACUCACACUGGAGAGAAGCUUAUUGAUAGAGUGGGGGAAAUCUCUGCUGUCACCUGUGUGCAGCAUCAAUCCAAAUGAAGUGAUGGCAGUCAUAGCGUACUAGUACAUCCGCCAGCUAUCAGAGGAGAGUGAUGUAGUCAGUUUGUUUGAUUAGGAGACCAGGACCAGUGUUGGGCAAGUUACUCUGAAAAUGUAAUCAAAUUACUGAUUACUCCUUUUA